GCGAUGUGCGAGAAACAAUUUCUUUGUAUCUGUGCUUAGUAAUGGUGAAAUAUUGUUUAACAUUUUAAUAUAUAUACUUAUAUUAUUCGAAUGCGAUAAAUAGAAAUGUUCUUAAGAUGUAUUUAAAACAAUUCAAUGUGAGGUCAUGUUAAAGGAAGAAAGAAUAUCAAACCCAUUUUUGUCACAUUUUGUAACACCAUCUUUAUUGAUUUGAAAGAUGACGGAUAAUAUAUAAACACAAGUUUUGUGUUCGGGAGUUUUUUUUUGUGAUCAUAAUUGAAUAACGGAAAAAGAUUAGUAUUAUGACUGAAUUAAGGAAACGACGAGAGUCCGACGGUCAAGUUCUCGAGUCAGCUGAAUCGGACCAUAUUGAUAGUGAAGAUGAUAAAAUCAGGGCUGCAGUGGACUUGUCUGGCAAGAUACCAACAGGUACUGACAAAGCCCCUGGAGUUCUCGAAUGGCUAGUUAAAGAUCUACCUGAUCGAUGGAGAAACUGGGCAGUGAGAGCCAUUUUCAGCCUCAUAAUGAUUGUCUUCUUCUUCUUAGUCAUUUAUAGUGGACCUCUGGCGCUAAUGAUGACUACGCUUGUGGUACAAGUUAAGUGUUUCCAAGAGAUAAUCAACAUUGGAUAUGCAGUUUAUCGUAUACAUGGGCUUCCAUGGUUUAGAUCACUCUCAUGGUACUUUUUACUUACUUCAAAUUAUUUUUUCUAUGGGGAGAGUUUGGUUGACUACUUUGGAGUUGUCAUCAACCGAACAGAAGGAUUGCGCUUUUUGGUAGCUUACCAUCGGUUCUUCUCAUUUAGCCUAUAUUGUGUUGGCUUCGUCUGGUUUGUACUUUCCCUGGUAAAAAAAUACUACAUGAAGCAGUUUUCCCUGUUCGCCUGGACCCAUGUUGCGCUGCUCAUUGUGGUCACUCAGUCUUAUCUGAUCAUCAAGAACAUUUUCGAAGGGCUGAUUUGGUUCAUAGUGCCCGUGUCUAUGAUAAUUUGCAAUGAUAUCAUGGCAUAUGUGUUUGGGUUUUUCUUUGGCAAAACGCCGCUGAUACAAUUAUCGCCCAAAAAAACGUGGGAAGGAUUUAUUGGGGGCGGCAUCUCUACUGUGGUUUUUGGAUUAGGGAUAUCAUAUGUGAUGUGCCAGUACCCCUACUUUGUUUGCCCGAUUGAAUAUAGCGAAACUCUAGGGAGAAUGACAAUGGAAUGCGAACCCGGCGUUUUGUUCAGACUGCAGUUGUACACUCUACCAAGCUGGCUUGAUUGGUUAAAAAUUUUGGGGAUGUCCAACACCGUCUAUCUCUAUCCAUUCAUGCUACAUUCACUCGCUUUGUCUCUCUUCAGCAGCGUUAUUGGUCCCUUUGGUGGCUUCUUUGCUUCGGGUUUCAAGAGAGCUUUCAAAAUUAAAGAUUUUGGGGACGUCAUUCCGGGUCAUGGCGGCAUCAUGGAUAGGUUUGAUUGCCAAUUCCUAAUGGCAACGUUCGUCAAUGUUUACAUUAGUAGUUUCAUACAGACCGAUAGUCCGCAGAAACUUCUUUCGCAGGUGCUUUAUUUAAAGCCAGAGCAGCAGCUGCAGCUGUUUCACAUGUUGAAGGAAUCUCUCGAGAAUCGCGAUAUUUUGCAGGUUAAUAAUUAGUUUUGUUUGUUUUAUAGGUUUUCGUUAUAUGUUUUAAAUUAUAUUUUAUAUUUAUUUUGUGCCAUUUAUGUUUUACGUGGUUGUUGUAUUUUACGGAAAGAUAUAUAUGUAGGUGUAUGCAGAAGUUUUUUGCUUGGUUCUUUUUUAUAAGAUCUUGCCCAGUUCUUAUUUUUGUUGGUGUGAUAUUCGAAUAUUACUAGUAUUGGAAUUUUUUUAAGGGAACAAUGUAAGUGUUACAUUUUUGGGGAUUAAGUCACUUUUCUUCUCUAUUUUUUGGGUGUUGAUUAAUUUUUUUUUAACUUGCCAGUGUAGAGAAAAAAGAAACUAAGAUUGGUAUUAUUGUUUUAUUUGGUACUUAAUUAUGCAAUUUUUGUUACCACUAGUUUUAGCAUUCAUUAUAUUGUUAAACUAAAAGUAAUACUUGGGUAACUAAUCUUAUGGUAAAAAAUUCUAAACUGGAUUUUCUGCUAAUAAUAUUUAUUUUCGGAAGUUUUGUUAAUUUUUCUAUGGUGGUUUUUUAAUUUUUUGUUUCAAUAAAAACUGCUACCACACAGGAAAGGCUUGAUCAAUAAUUUUCUGUUAAAACUGAUUUCAAAUAUGACGUCAGAGUAUUGGAAUACAUUCCGUGUUUAUUUAUUUUGGUUUAGAAGUUUUGGAAUGUGCUUUAUCUAAAAAAAAAGUGUGUAGGUUACAUAAUUAUUAAUUGCUCUUGGUUCUAGCUGUGUUAUUAUUUACUUGCAGUGUUACAAUUGUAUUAUUUAUUAUUUUCCAAAGUUAGUGUGUGGUGAUAUUUUAGUAGUUUGUUUAACCAGUGAGAGUAUAGGUGCAAGACCAUAUUUUAUGAACAGCUAAAGAAUAAGUUAAUGUUUCUAGGUAACUUAAAUGUUAAUAAGAAUAGUAAUUACCAUUUUUUAACCUUUUAUUAAGUGUUUUAAACCUAAUAAAAAAGAAAACUUCCUCCAAACGAAACUAAACCGACACUCCUUUUGUGUUGUAUGUAUUUUCUAUGGAUUUGCGGCAGACCAGUUAGAAAACUAAUCCAAAUCCUAUUUGUGAAUGUAGUUCUAAUUCAACGUUAAUAAUUAAUCUGUUAGGUGACCAAAGAGUGAAUGAAUAUCUUGAUGCUUCAUACUUCUUUCAUUUUUCUUGUUAGUUGUUAUUCAAACUAGUUUACCAUGUUGUGGUUAUGGAAAAAGUAAACCAACUUAUACAGUUGCAUUUAUUGUGAAAUGUUUAGGAUAUCCAGAAGACUUAUUAUUAUAAACAUGUGUUGUAGGUAAAUUUCUCCUGUAUUUAUAGUCGGUGUGUGCAAUAAAAUAUUUUACUGAUAAAUAAAUUUAUUGUAGUAAAUAAAAGUC